CAUGUGUAAUGUCUUAGAACACCAUCAUCCAAUAGCCACGUAAAUUGCCAGUCCACCACAAAUGUGGCAAAAUGUGAUCCAAUUCCAGAUAAUCUAAAGUUCUCAACAACUAAAGUCAGAAAACCCUUCUCGGUUUCAUCUUCGAUCAAUUUUGUAACGGUAGCUAGUUGACCCUUUUAACUAUCACUUAAAACUCAACAAUGCCCAAAUGUGUUGGAAUUGGACUCGGGCUUCCUCAUCGACUUCCAUAUUUGGCGAGUGUUUAUUCUUGUUCUUCUUCUUAUUCAACCACUAGUGCAGUUGGGUCUGUCCCUAAUCUUGCAAAAGUAGUAAGCAAAUGGAACAGUGGAGGUAGAGCACCUCGGCGUCUGGUUUUGGGCCUUGCAGCUUCAUUUUGGGCUCAGUUGAUGAACAUGUCUGGUGCUAUUGGCGGCAAGGCUUUCACUGCCUCUGCCAGGUUGAAGAGUGGUCCUUCCUUUGAAGAGAUAUUGAAGAAUGUGGAUUGGCCGGAGCAGAUUCCUUACAAGCCGGAGGAUUUCCAGCGCUAUGAUGAGUCACCAGAUACAUUGUUUUAUGAGAGUCCGCGCUUUGUGACACAUAUUGAUGAUCCAGCCAUUGUGGCACUGACUAAGUACUAUUCUAAGGUGUUUCCGCCUAGCAACACUCCAGGAGUAAGCAUGCUGGACAUGUGUAGCAGUUGGGUUAGUCACUUUCCACCAGGAUACAAGCAAGAGCGAAUAGUUGGAAUGGGAAUGAAUGAAGCAGAGCUAAAGGCGAAUCCAGUUUUGACACAGUAUGUUCUUCAAGACUUGAAUGUCAACCCUAAACUUCCCUUUGAAGAUAAUUCUUUUGAUGUGAUAACUAAUGUGGUUAGUGUUGAUUAUAUAAACAAGCCUAUUGAAGUAUUCAAGGAAAUGUGCCGGAUUCUUAAGCCAGGGGGACUUGCUAUAAUUAGCUUUUCCAACCGAUGUUUCUGGACUAAAGCAAUCUCAAUCUGGACAUCAACUGGUGAUGCUGAUCAUGGUUUGAUUGUUGGGUCAUAUUUCCACUAUGCUGGAGGAUUUGAACCUCCUCAGGGGGUGGAUAUUUCUCCCAACCCUGGACGCUCAGACCCCAUGUACAUUGUAUACUCUAGAAAGUUAUCUUCUGUAUAAAUACCAGAUGUGAGAAACUUCUUUUUCAUCUAAUCAGUGGUCUAAUUUUCAAUAGAAAUUGUUACAGUAUUAAAGAUUGUAAACUCAUAGCAUUCUUCCCGGAACAAAAAAAGUCCAUAGUCAAUGUUAGCAAAUUGCUCUUGUUUCCCGUCUCCAGCUAUAACUUCUGCAAUUGGGCAAUAGGGGCAGUGUGACAGUGUUUUUGUAGGAAGAUAUUAGUUGGUGGUACUUUUGUGGAAAGCGCUUAUGUUACGCUGAGAACCAUUUGUAUAGAGUAUGUAUUCAUUCCAGUUUAUAAGAUUUGGUUAAAUAUUUCACUACAUAA